UGUUGAAUGGUUGGUUCAUGAGUGGAUAGGGGCACAUGGCAUGGCAUGGCAUCGCCACUUGGUCGAUCAAACCCUUUGUCGCAUUUCCAUCGACAUAUCCACUUUAAUCGUCUAAUUCUUCAACUGCAAAUGAUAUCCACAUUCAAAUGGGGUUUGUUUAAGAAAGAACACUAGCAAUUCGAGCCCAAUUCCAUCACGGUCCGAACUCUAUCUAAUCUGUUUUUUAAGGGAUGGCCCCGUGUCUUUUGGGCAUCCAUUUUUGUGAGACCAGCUCUGCCGAGCAACUACCGUCAAAUCCAAACUUAUAUUUAUUUCAUUCUUCCUCAUACACACCACAAUUAUUCAACAGCUUCUAAUCAUUUUGAACUCUUGCUUUAACCAAUAUUUAAUUCCACCAUGUGAUUUGAUAUUGUCUACGGCAUUUAAAUUCAUGGGAAUCCAUAAGCAUCGGCUAUAAACACUCGGAUGAACUAUCUAUAAAUAGCGCACCAAAAGAAAGGCAAAACACACCAAAAGUCCAAUAACUCGACCCCACCACUUCGGUUAAGCCGUUGUAUUGUUAUUUGGAUUUGCUCUCGGUGUUCAGAAACAAAAGAAGAAGAAGAAAGAUUAAGGAUGUGUGGAGCUGAAACAACCAACCAUUCCACUGAAUCCAAUGGCUUCGGAGGCAACCUGUCGCUCAUUGAUCUUGAUCCUGGGAACCCAACCGUGUUCGAGCCCUACUGGAGGAGGAUGGGAGACAAGUGCAGGGUCGUGAUCCCAGGGUGUGAGCUGAUGAGCUACAAAGCCGCCACCAAGCCCGGCAAAGUCUGCUGGUUUUUGUUGCCGGAAUUGGAGGACGCCAUCGUCAGAUUGCAUCGACUCGUCGGCAACGCCGUGGUCGAUGACCGAUAUAUCGUAGUGGGGACCGGUUCCACCCAGCUCUACCAGGCUGCCCUUUAUGCUCUGUCUAACCCUGCCUCCCUCAAACCCAUUAAUGUCGUUUCUGCUGCUCCUUACUACUCGUGUUAUCCAGAAGAAACAGACUACUUGUGCUCGAGGCUUUACAAAUGGGCGGGGGAUGCUAAUGAGUACAACGCUAAUAAAAGUGGGCCAUUCAUAGAAGUGGUCAACUCCCCAAACAACCCAAAUGGCAGUUUGCGCGAAUCAGUGGUCAAGGAUUGCGGCCAAGGCAAGCUCAUCCAUGACUUGGCCUAUUACUGGCCCCAGUUCAUGCCCAUCAAUCGUCCGGCCGAUCAUGAUCUUAUGUAUUUCACUUUCUCCAAAUGCACCGGACAUGCUGGCUCCCGCAUUGGUUGGGCACUUGUUAAGGACAGAGAGGUGGCCAUAAAAAUGACAAAAUAUAUAGAGCUCAACUCAAUUGGGGUAUCAAAAGACUCGCAAUUCAGAACGGCAAAGAUAAUGGAAUUGUUGUGCAAUGAGCACAAAGAAUUUGGGUUGAAUUCCUCAAACAACUUCUUUGAGUAUGGGAACCGUCUCAUGGCCCAAAGAUGGGAGAGUUUAAGAGAGGCAAUUGGAAGCAGUGAUCUCUUUAGUGUUCCUAGCUUUGAACGGCAAUACUGCUUCUUCCUUGGACGUCCCACAAAACCAUAUCCCGCUUUUGCUUGGUUGAAGUGCAAUGAGGAGACUGAGGAUUGUGGUAGCUUGCUAAGAAGGUAUAACAUAUUGGGGAGAAAUGGGAAGCGUUUUGGAGCUGAUGCCAAGUAUUUGAGAAUAAGCAUGCUUAGUAGCGAUGAUGUUUUUGAGGAUUUCUUGGACAGGCUGAACGCCAUCCGACUUUUUGAAGAGUGACUACUGAAAUUCUCUGUCUUUCUGUUUUUCUUUUAUGGGUUUGGUCCUAAUUUGUAUUUGCAACCCCCAGGGCGAUGGGGAGGGCAAUGCCUCUGUCGUCCAUGUUUGGUGGUUUAGUUUAUCAUUCUUCUUAUUUGGCAAACCAAUCUAUAUUAAUUCUAUUAUUUCUUAAUUCUUGUAGUCAGUACUAAUCAAUCCACUUAAUUUCAUCUCA